AUGGAUCCCUUCAACAACCCGAACAAUCCCAACAAUCCAAACAAUCCCAACAACCCGACCCAACCGAAUGUUUUCUCGGUUCGGGGAUAUUAUCCGACGCUAGAACCGAAACAAUUCUCGCAAUAUUCAUCAAAUGCAUUUGCAUCAUUCAAAUACUCGCCAAACCAAUUCGCUCAAUUCUCUCAAAAUCAAGCCCUUCAACAAAUGAUGAUGCGGGGUGUUUUGAAUUUCCCACCUAACCCGACACCACCCGUUCAACCCCAACCGAUCCCUACGCAACCCGUUCAACAAUCUGAACCCGACGAUGAUAUCGAGGUUGUUCCCGAAACCCAACCGUCUAAAGAAAAAGGCAAACGGAAAAAAGGCAAGCAAGUGGUGGGUGAGCAACUGUCCAAACCGAAGUCGACUAAGUGGACGCCAAUCGAAGAAGAAGCCUUAGCCAAGGCUUACAUAGACACAUCUACACACCCGACAAAAAGUAAUAAUCAAACGGGUGACGGAUUUUGGUCCAAGGUUUUGGCGAAGUUUCUCGGCCUUAUGGACCAAGGCCCGUAUCGGAUAUCGACUCGGUGUCAUCAAAGUGGCGGAAAAUGA